GUACUUAACCGGUGCAAGUAAGUUAUAAAUGUUCGCCUAAUUCUUGUUACAUAACUGACUGACAUUUUAAAAGAACAAGUAGAUCAUUGCCCCAUUGAUUUAUAUAUCUACUCUCAGUAUCUACUACUAGUGAAGAUCCAGAUGAUUGAUAACAGUAGGUGUUGAAGGUACCCUGUAAUAAGAAAGCAGCAAGAUCAGCAGAUAAGUUUUAUAACACUUGCAACAUUCCAUUACGUGACCUUGUGAAGUCAUUCAAAGAAUAAAAAUGGAAUAUAAAUGUGAUGAGCAUCAUUUGUAUAGAAGGGAAUUUUAUGUAUUAUGGUGUGCUGGAAUAAAUGAAGAGCCCCCAGUAGAAGAUGUUAUGGUAUGUUCGACAACAGUCGAUGAGGGAAGUACCACGAUUAUCAGAAUAUUCCAUUCUCUGCAAGGAGAUGCCCUCAGGGCUGAUGAAAAAUUUCUGGAGUGGAUCACUAACGAUCCUUAUGUAUCAGAGAGUUCUACACUUGAGUUAGAAAUAAUAGCAAACGAAUCUCCCCCUUUUUCUUUUUCAAAUGCAUUUUGUGAUCUUAUAGCAUCAUUCAAAGAGGCAGAAAAAACGGUCGAAGUUCAACUUAAAAUUGUUCGUUUGAAAAACAUUGAGGAAUGGGAGGAAGAAUACGAGGAUAAUAGAGAUGGUCUGAGAUACCUCCAUAGUACGGGGAUAAUGUUAUCACCUGUCAGUGGGAAAGACUGGGGUUAUCUCAGACAGAUAUUACGUGAAAACAAAGGAAAUCUUUAUCAAGAAAACAAUUAUCUGAAAGUCAGAAAGAGGUUAUCAAAAAUCAUUAAAAACCCAAAAGACGUUUCUACAGCGUCUGACGUCAAAUCUACUACCGAGACUGAAACGAGUACAGUUCAUUCAGAGACAAUCGAUGCUGAAACAAUGACAGAUAUGAGGGGGGGCGAGACCAUUUUCGGGACGCCGGGAUCGGCCUUUUUUGGCAUCGGGAAACUGGGAUUGCCUUGUUUAAAGAUCGGGAAUUCGGGAUAG